CACUUAAAACUGAAUAAUUAUAGACGUUAUGUUUGUGUUAGAACACAAUUCGUUUACCCUUCAAUUGUAAUUCGAUAAGAACAAAAAAGGACCUCGUGGUGACAUAACCGCCGAGAAAUCGAAAUUUCCACGGUUUCAUAAAGCUUUAUUCCGUAGCUGUUUAUAACGCCCACGCUUUUACAACGAUGUCGUAGUUUCCCUGCGACAUCAUCAAGAAAGGUGCACUAUGAAAUUACAAAUUUUGUGUAUAUGCCUGUUGGCAUUAUUUGUUAACAACGUUUGGUGCCACGACGAAGUUCACGCUAAGAAUGGCAACCACUCCAUCUCUACAACCAGAGAAUCGAAUACAAGAAAACGGGGUAUCGGCCAUUACAACCCAAUGGGAUGGGGUGGUCACGGAGUGGGUUCGUAUGGAGUGCCCACCACUCCGGUGCAAGGAUACGGAGUGUCCAACAUCCCGGUACAAGGAUACGGAGUGUCCAACAUUCCGGUACAAGGAUACGGAUAUUCUGCAGUGCCGGUGCAGGGAUACGCGGUGGUGCAGCAAACUGAACGACCCGUACCGUAUCCAGUUCCGUAUCCGGUGACUUACGACCGACCGGUGCCGUACGAUCGACCGGUGCCGUACCCGGUGUCGUACGACCGGCCAGUACCGUACCCGGUACACGUGGACCGACCGCAACCGUAUCCAGUGCACGUUGACAGACCGGUGCCAUAUCCGGUACAGGUGGAGAAGCCGUUGCCGUACCCGGUGCACGUGGAUCGCCCGGUGCCGUAUCCGGUCCAAGUGGAGAAGCCGUUGCCGUAUCCGGUCGACCGGCCGGUCCCAUACCCGGUGCAGGUGGACAGACCGCAGCCGUACCCGGUGCACGUGGACCGACCGGUGCCGUACGCAGUGCACGUGCCCUACAAAGUGCCCGUACCGGUGGACCGACCAUAUCCGGUCAAAGUGUCCGUGCCCACGCCGUAUCCGGUCGACAGGCCGGUUCCGUAUCCCGUACAGGUGCCCGUCAAAGUUCCGGUGGUGCAGCAAGUACCGAUAGAGGUGUCUCGUCCUUAUCCCGUGGUGGUGCAGCAGCCCGCGCAGGUGGUGGUGCAACAGCAACCCGUGCUGUGGCAGAAGGUGUCGUCAUAUCCGGUGUACACGACAGACCGGCCAGCGGUACAGUGGCAGCAGAAGCAGUCUCCUUACUACACAAACGUGGACAACGGUAAAAACUACAUAGGCAUGCCCGUGUACAACGGAGGUAACCAGAACGGUUACGAACGUGCUCCAUACCCGUCCGGUUAUAGCAUCGGUGUGAACCACGCACUGAUCGGACUUGGCGUGGGCGGCCGGGGCCAGGGCGCGACGGGCACCGCAGGCCCGACCGGAGUCAUCGGCGGAGCGGCUGGUAGCCUGUUGGGGGCGGCGUUCAACGUAAUGCAAGGGUUGAUGUCACCGGGUGGUAGCGUCACUGGAUACGCGGCCGGACACAAUGACUAUCUGGGGCCCAAGACCACGGGAUUCACGACUGUCAUCAACAAAUAUAUAUACCAGCAGAAGAACCCGCAAUAUACAACCGAAGUCACAGAUCGGUCGUACGUACAUAUAAUAUAUUACAUACGAGGUGAAAAAGACGCGAACAUGCAGCAGUCCUGGAUCUCGACGUUGUUUUUGGUGAGUGUCAGCGCGUCCUUAGUCUGCGCCGACGCCGCGAAGGCCGCCGCCGCUGAAAAGCCGACGGAAAAGAAACAGGGCAAACGGGGCCUGUGGGGCCUGGGCUACGGGUACGGCGGACACAGCGAGUGGGACGGCCUGUCCAACUACGGCCUGUUGGGCGCGGACCACAGCUACGGACACAUCAGCACCGUGCACGUCACCAAAGAGGUGCCGGUCAUCGUCGACCGACCGAUCGUCGUGCCGGUCGAGAAACACGUGCCGUACCCGGUGGCCGUCGAGAAACCCGUACCGUAUCCCGUGCACGUCGAGAAACACGUCCCGGUGCCCGUAGACCGUCCCGUGCCAUAUCCGGUCAAGGUGCCGGUCAAGAUCCCGGUCGCCCAUCCCGUGCCCUAUCCGGUGUACGUGCAACAGCACCUGCCCGUCUACGUCAAGGAACACCACGGCCACGGUUACGGUACCUACGAUUUCGGUCACGACCACGGUUACGGUUUCAGCAGCAGUUACGCGAUCCACCACUGA